AUGGCAUCCGAGCAAAUGCCUCGUAGAGAAAAUAACAUGAUGGAGAGAGAGGUUCACAUUGAGAAACAAAGAAAGGAGGACACAGGGAGAGCAAGAGAGACCCGUGAAUUGGGAACUCACUUCGAGUCUCUUCCUGAUAAUGUUAGGAGGAGUGAAAGAGGGGGUGAUCAUAAGGAGAAAGAGAGAGAACUCUACUCUGAUAGAGCCAAAGAAGCUGAAGAAAAAGCCAAAAGAGAAAGAGAAAAAGGUGGUGGCGGUGUUCAUCAAGUGGGGAAGUUUGAAAUGGAAGCUGAAGGGAAGGAUUCAAGGGAAGAAGCCUUAAGGGAUAGAGCAGACCUCGAGAGAAGAACUAGAGAGGUAAAGGGAAGAGUGUUGAGCGGAGAGGAGAAAGAAAGAAGAGGACAAGUAGAGGCUGAGAAAGCAAGAACAAUGGAAAACAGAAGAGAUGAUAAAGCGAGAGAUAGAGCUGAAGACAAGGUAAAGGGUAGGUUGGGUGGUACUGAGGGACAAGGAAGAGAAUGUAGAGAAGAAGAAAAAGAAGAGGGUAGAUAUAGGGUUGGUGGUGAAAAUGAAGAAGAGAAUGAACGAUCUAGGUUGGGUGAGAUUGGCAAGUAUAGAGCUCAAGCUCAACAUAAGGCAAUGGAUGCUAUUGCAGCUGCUCAGGAGAGAUAUGAUAAUGCAAAACAAGCAUUGAGUGAGGCACCACCAAGUAGUGCAACUCAAACUUCUCAAGACAAAAGUAUGCAUGAAAAGGAGAAGGCAACACAGGAAAAAGAUGCCACAACAGAGAAGGGUCAACAAGGCUAUGUUGAAACAAAGGAUGUGACAGGAGAGAAGGGCCAGAAGGGUUAUGUUGGGGCAAAGGACACCAUUUCCAAUGUGGCAAAGAGUGCUGUGGACUACACUGCACCAGUUGCUGAGAAGGCCAAAGAUGUUACAGUGGAAAGUGGCAAGAGUGCUGCAAAAGUGGCUGCGGAUUUGAUGGACAAGGCUACGGUGGCAGGGUGGAAUGCUGCACAUUAUUCUGCUGAGAAGACUGUGGAGGGAACCAAGGCUGCCACCAAUGCUGUUCAGGGAGCAGCAGGCUAUGCAGGCCAAAAGGCUUCCGAGCUUGCAGCUAAGUCGGUUGGUACUGCUAAAGGUUUAGCUGCUGCAGCUGGUGACACUGCCAAGGAGUACACAGCAAGGAAGAAAGAGGAGGCAGAGCGGGAAUUGGAGACCAAAAGAGCAGCUCAAAAUCAGGAAUCCAAGCAAAGGCCAUCAGCAGAAAACACAACUGGCAACAAUGUACAAAGCUUUCAGGGAGGGCAAGGACAACCUCAAGGGAGAAAGGGAAGUGAGGUAAUGACAACCACUGGUGAAACAUUAGGCAAUGUUGCCACUGAUCGAGGGAGCAAGGUGUUGGGAGCCGUAGGUGAAACUGUGGCUGAGAUUGGAGAAACCAUGAUUAAACCAGCGGAGAAAGUGCAACAACAAGGUGUAGAGGGAAAAGGGGGUGGGGUGUUGGAUGCCAUAGGUGAAACCAUAGCAGAUAUAGCACAGACAACUAAAGUGCUUGCUGUUGGAGAGGGCGAAACAGAGUCAAGGCAGAGCAUUGGAUCAAAGUCUAGCUCACAUGAAAAUCAACGUGGUGAACAAGGAGCGUUUAAACAUGACUAG